CCGGGCGCACUUCCGGCCAAGAUGGCGGCGCCCAGUAGAGGCAGGUGCGGGCGCUUCUGGCUUCAGUAAGCGGCGGCCGCUCCGAGUCCCGGGGAGAACUCCAGAGUCGACGCGUCCGGACGUCGGGAGCUCCCUGGGCGCUGACGGACCACUCCCCUGUGCCCAGCGCCUGCCUCUCCCCUGCAGAAGCGGCCCAUGGCGGACCAAGGGUCUCGGGGCGGCCGGCUCCCCCUGGCGCUGCCCCCAGCCCCGCAGGGUUCUUCGACUGCGGGGGGCGGCGGCUCGGCGGCGGGGGGCUCCGGCAACCCCCCGCCUCCCCGCAGCCUGCAGGGCCUGCUGCAGAUGGCCAUCACGGCGGGCUCCGAGGAGCCGGACCCCCCUCCGGAACCCAUGAGCGAGGAGCGGCGUCAGUGGCUGCAGGAAGCCAUGUCUGCAGCCUGCCGAGGCCAGCAGGAGGAGGUAGAACAGAUGAAGAAGUGCCUUGGGGUGCUGGCGCAGCCCACGCCCUCCGCGGCCAGUGAGGCCGAGCUGGCCUCUGAUCAGCAGGAGCGCGAGGGGGCACUGGAGCUGCUGGCCGACCUGUGUGAGAACAUGGACAAUGCUGCAGACUUCUGCCAGCUAUCAGGCAUGCACCUGCUGGUGGGCCGCUACCUGGAGGCGGGCGCGGCGGGGCUGCGCUGGCGGGCGGCGCAGCUCAUCGGGACUUGCAGCCAGAACGUGGCGGCCAUCCAGGAACAGGUGCUGGGCCUCGGUGCGCUGCGCAAGCUGCUGCGGCUGCUGGACCGUGAUGCCUGCGACUCGGUGCGCGUGAAGGCCCUGUUCGCCAUCUCCUGCCUGGUGCGGGAGCAGGAGGCGGGCCUGCUGCAGUUCCUGCGCCUGGACGGCUUCUCCGUGCUCAUGCGGGCCAUGCAGCAGCAGGUGCAGAAGCUCAAGGUCAAGUCAGCCUUCCUGCUGCAGAACCUGCUGGUGGGCCAUCCAGAGCACAAAGGGACCCUGUGCGCCAUGGGGAUGGUCCAGCAGCUGGUGGCCCUGGUGCGGACAGAGCACAGCCCUUUCCACGAGUAUGUGCUCGGAGCCCUGUGCAGCCUAGUGACAGACUUCCCGCAGGGCGUGCGAGAGUGCCGCGAGCCUGAGCUGGGCCUAGAGGAGCUCCUGCGACACCGCUGCCAGCUCCUGCAGCAGCGAGAGGAGUACCAGGAGGAGCUGGAGUUCUGCGAGAAGCUGCUGCAGACCUGUUUCUCCAGCCCCACGGAUGACAGCAUGGACCGGUGAGACCGGAGGCGCGUCUGUCAGCUUCGUGGGAACCCUGGCCGACAGCCGCCCUCCCCACCCACGG